UGGGCCAUAAUAUGUAACCUGAUUGGGUCAAAAUGUCAUCCAAACUUGUACAUACAAAAUUAAUCUUAUAAAUUUGAAAAAAUUUAAGUAAAUAAUUUAAGAAGAAUGCAUCAAAGACAUCAACUUUCGUAUUUUGACACAAUCCAUGUAGAUCCAAUCAAACUUUGCGCAGACAAUCUCUUAACUCAUUUCUAUACAAAUAAUGUAGGCAAGUCAUUUAGCAUUACAAUAAGCCAGAACUUUAGUGCAGAACACUGAAUAUAAGUAUAUGCUUAGAGCUGAAACGUCCAAUUGAUUUCCUGUUUCUCUUCUUCAUUCUGAAACUUCAAAUGCGCUUGCUUUCGUGGCGUAAAGCCAAACACUUGACUGUUAUUAAGCCCAAAUAUCCAAUCUUUACUUAUUCUUCAACAACCAAUUUUCCCGCUGUGUCCCAACACAAAAUUCACAUAACUCGAAAAGAAUUGUCUAAAUUGCUAUACCAACGUCCACCUAAAUCUCAACUGAAACAAAUACAUGCCCAAAUACUCACCCAAGAACUCUCAUCAACUGCUUCUGUAGUUAAUUCUCUCAUUCAUUGUUACCUACAUAUCAAGGAAGUUACCUCAGCAAGAUUUUUGUUCUUUCACUAUCCUUUACCUUCACCACCUAUUCUAAUAUGGAAUUUGAUGAUCAGAGCUUACUGCAAACUCGAAAAUUCUUCAGAAAGUUUCAGUCUUUUUCGACAACUCCUGAAUUUAGACCACUCCAUUCGGGUUUUUCCCGACGAGUAUACGUUCACUUUUAUUGUUACUUCAUGUGCCCACCAAAGAUCAAUUGUACAAGGAAAAAUUGUUCAUGGGUUGGUGAUGAGAAAUGGGCUUGAAUCAAACUUAUAUGUGGGCAAUUCAUUGAUUAACCUGUAUGCUGUUUUCAAGAUUACAGAUGAUGCUUACAAAGUUUUUGAUAGAAUGACUGAAAGAGAUGUGUUCUCUUGGACUAGUUUGAUAUGUGGGUAUGCAAAUAAUGGUGAGAUGUAUGAAGCUUGUGAAAUCUUUUAUAGAAUGCCAGGGAGAAAUGAUGUUUCUUGGGCUGUUGUUAUAUCUGGUUUUGCUGGAAACGGAAGCUAUAUGGAGGUACUUAUAUAUUUGAAUGAAAUGUUUUGUUCCCUUGAGGAUAAGGUAAGGCCUAAUGAAGCUGUUCUUGUUUGUGCUUUGUCUGCUUGUGCUAAUCUUGGGGCCUUAGAACAGGGAAAUUGGAUUCAUGCUUAUAUUAAGAGGAAUGAAAUUCAUGAAAGUUCAAAUAUAUCUACUGCUCUUAUUGACAUGUAUGCGAAAUGUGGUAGAAUAGACAUUGCAAGAUUGAUUUUUGAUAGAAUUCCAAGACCUGAUGUACACAAUUUCACAAGUAUGAUAUCAGGUCUAUCAUAUCAUGGGCUAGGUGAGCAUGCGCUAACCGUGUUUAACAGGAUGGUAGAUGAAAAUGUUAAUCCAAAUGAAGUGACUAUUAUAGGGGUGCUUAAUGCCUGUAGCCAUUCAGGUCUGGUAGAAGAGGGUUCUUCAAUCUUCUAUAACAUGGAGACUUUAUGGGGACUUAAACCUCAGAUUGAGCACUAUGGCUGUUAUGUUGAUUUACUUGGCCGUGCUGGAUACUUGGAAAAGGCACUUGAAGUUGUAAAGAGCAUGCACAUAAAACCUGAUAUAGUCAUAUGGAGGGCUUUGCUCAGUGCCUGCAGAAUCCAUCGUAAUAUUUUCCUUGGUAACAGCAUUAUAGAUUUUAUAAAGCAGCUUAACUCUGAUGGACCCAGUGGCAGUGAGGUACUGAUCUCUAAUCUGUAUGCAUCUCUAGGCAACUGGGAGAAAGUUUCCGAAGUGAGGAAAGCGAUGGGUCAAAGGAAGACCCAAUCUGACAUUGGAUGUAGUUGGAUCGAGAUGAAUGGUGUUGUUCACCAGUUUCGUGUUGCUGAUAAGCUACACCCACAGAUUUUAGAAGUUUUGAACAAAUUAAACGAACUCUGGACAGUGCUUUCCUAGAAGGAAUUGUUGCUAACGCGACACAUACGAUAUACGUUCAUUGAACGAGAGAACGACGAAGCAGCAGCUUGGCUUGGUCAAAAGAUAGGUGUUGUUUUUGGUUCCGUGAAUCUGUUUUCUGAGACUUGAAUUAGCAUAUUAUGAAGUUAAGAACUCGUCACCACUGCCAAUCAUAAUUGAAGGCCAUUUCUGAAGUUUAUGACUAAGAGAUCCAUUUUAUAUAGGCUGCUUCUGAUUUUUAUACUUUCAGAAGAAUUUUUCAACGAUGACUACUCAUAGCAGUUAGUUCCAGGAAAGAGCACUUAUAUCUGUAAAGAGUGUUUAACAAACUGAUCGUAGCAGAGUAUAAUCUGUUCCUAUCGUUUUUAUCUUUUAAUGAUUUGGUAUCUACUAUACCACCCAACGGAAGGGUUUUCUUUUGAUACCAGGUCUCCUGCAUAAGGUGCAUCAGAAAGUUAACCUCUUUAGACAGGAUGCACUUCAAAAUUGUAUGAGUUCCCUGAUAGAUCAGAUUGAAAAGGAAUGGAAGGAUGUUCUGGUAUUCGAAUUAUCCACGGAACUACACAACGGUGGAAGUAGAAUGUCUGGAGCACCUUCAAGUCAAUUAUAUUGGGAAGCCUAACGAGUGGCAAUAGUUCACAGUCCGACUGCUUUUUGAGUGCCCUGAACGUAAUCUCUAACCUCUUACACCUCUGGCUUUUUUUUUUUUUUUUUUUUUUUUUUUUUUUUUAACUAUAUCACAUAGGUAUUCUGUGUCAUUUGCAUUCCUCUUCAGAUAUGCUUUGGCUUCUUUCCAGGAAAUCUCGCUAAAUACUGAGCUCAUUCUCCUUUUAAGUAAUCAAUGAAAAUGUAUGCAAUUUAUUUAUCCUA